AUGAAUUAUUUUUCGGCUCGUUGCCGUGGUGCAGUGAUACGAAAUACGCUUCGGCACAAAAUCGAACACGGUCAACAAUUCCCUGGAAUGAUGGUAUCAGAAGAUGAUAUCCUGAGUCGUACGACCAGUAUUACUUCGAUUUUUACAAACACGGAUGGUUACGAUAUUGCUCUGGUAGAACGUUUAUUCGGCUAUUCAUCAUCAAAUAGCAUCGCUCAUUGUGAUAUUAUUCAAAAUGAAAAACAGCGACAAAAUGAGAUAGAAUAUUCCUGCCAAUGGUCGACAACCAGUAAUGAUAGAUCGGGAACAGCAAACGAUAACAAUUUGAUUGCUUUCCAGUUUGAAAAAUUUGCAGCAGCAUAUUUUCAAAUGGAAAACAAUGCUCAUUACAGCCGAAAGCCACUUCGUACUGCACUACUGCCACAUGAUUCCGACUUAGAUCGUGCUGCGGCGUUAGCUAUUUGGUCGGUAAUACAGCGCUUUAUGGGAGAUGUACCAGAACCAAAAAAGACUUCGCAGCCUUCACAGGAUUUUGAAAAUGUCAAGUAUACACCUGUGAUGAGCAAGCUACACAUAAUAAAUGGUCGAAACGUAUUCAAGAAAACCAAUCAAUGUGAAAAUGAUUAUGAACAGCCAUUCAACUGGAGAAAACAUCUUUUUUCAAGCAUGGAGCUGAUUUUCCCUCAACAGAAUGCAAUCUCACCACAUACUGAUGCACCCGACGAACGAGGGAUGCAAACGAGAGAUGCCACCGAAUACAAUAAUUACCAGCAGUAUUACAGUAUGUUUCUGAGUGAAGAUGCACCGUCUAACCAAGAGAAAUUGCAAUUCAUUAUUGGACAUGGCAUUCUACGGCAAGAUAUAAGAGAUGAAAUAUAUUGCCAAAUAUGUAAGCAAUUGACGAGAAAUCCGUCGGGGAAUUCUUGCGCUCGUGGUUGGAUAUUGUUAUCGUUGUGUUUGGGUUGUUUUGCUCCGACGGAUCGUUUUUUGCCCUACUUACGAUGCUUCAUACGCCAAACUUAUCGCACGGGAUGCUUUGUGGAAUAUAUAGAACGCAAAUUGAAACGAACAUUAGUAAACGGAACACGUAAUUACCCUCCCAACUCCGUAGAGAUACAGGCAUCGAAGACGAAGAAGCCGGUACCAAUCCAUAUUACAUUCAUGGAUGGCACUAUGAUAACGGUAACCGCGGACUCGGCAACAACAUCUAAGGAAGUCUGUGACGAACUUGCCAAUAGCAUUGCACUAAAGGACUCGUUUGGAUUCUCUCUUUAUAUCGCAUACUUUGAUAAAGUAGUUUCGCUCGGUUGCGGAAUGUAUCACAUUAUGGAUGCGAUAAGUCAGUGCGAACAGUACGUAACGGAAGCAGCAAAAGAAGCUGUGAAUUCAUCAUGGCGCUUCUUUUACAGGAAAGAAAUUUUUAGUCCGUGGUAUGAUCCAAGCAAUGACUCCAUAAGCACCAAUCUCAUUUAUCAUCAGAUCAUCCGAGGUGUUAAGUACGGCGAGUAUCGCACUACUAAGGAGGAAGAACUGGCAGUGCUCGCUGCUCAACAGUAUUACAUUUAUCACGAAGAUAGUGCUAUGAAUAUAGAUAAGUUGGAAAACAGCUUGGUUAUGUAUCUUCCGGAGGACGAUAUUCAGGAUGCGGACGAAAAGAGCCACGAGCGAUGGCUACACCUCGUACUUCAUGCCUUCAGAAAGAAAUUUCAACGGAAUCACCCAUCAGCGGAGCAAGUGAAGGCAGAUGUGAUUACAUUCGCUAAACAAAAAUGGCCGCUCCUUUUUUCUAGAUAUUUUGAAGCAUUUACUUAUGCCAGCCCUUCUUUGCCCGAUGGUCAGUUGCUGAUUGCUGUGAAUUGGCAAGGAGUUGUUGUAGUCGGUGCUGAGGACGACGUUGUUCUGCAAUUUACUUAUCCACAAAUUUCCCGAAUUUUAUCUAUGACAAACAAUAGAAGUGGUACUGAAAUACUUACAAUUGAAAUGGUCAGUGGCGAUGAACACUGCUUUGAGUCGCCCAAUACAAAAGAUAUCAAGCAACUUGUUGAAUUUUUCUUGAAUGGAUUAAGGAAUAGGUCAAAAUAUCUUCUGGCCCUUCAAGAUUAUUUCUCCAACGAAGGUAAUGAGGAGUGGAAUAUUUGCUUGAAUUUCAAAAAGGGUGAUUUGUUAUUCCUGAAUGAUGAAUACUGUGGAGCGUCACUCCGCAAUAAUCAAUUUGUUAAAGGAGAAAAUAUGAGAACCGGUAGUCAAGGCAUGAUACCUAUUAAUCUAGUUCAUAUUCUUCCGACGAUAUGUAAACCGUCUGUGGAUGCAAUGGAUAUGCUUUCACGUUCCUGGGAACUCGACUGUCCUAUCAAUCGACAGGUAUCACUAUUUACACGUCAUUUUGCAAUUAAUCGCGAGCAUACGCUGGAACGUUUCGCUAUUGAUAAUUUCAGGUGA